AACUAACCAUUGACGUACCCGGAUCUCGAGUGUGGGUCACUACAACGUGGUUGUUGAAAACAAUAUAACUCAUGAAUAAAUAGCCAUUUCUGCUGCUUUGCGUGUGGUGUGGUGCGAAUUAUGUGGAAAGUGUACUGUUUUAUUGAUAUUUUAAUUGGAAGCGAGUUUUAAUUUGUGAUAUACUUCUUUGAAUCUCUUGUUAUACAUGUAAGAAGUUAUUAAUUGUCAAAUCGGUUUCUUUUAACAAUAACAAACGCCGUUGUUAACCUGUUUAUUAACAGUGACGGAUGGAAGGCCUUGCACAUUCUGCAGAGUCCUCCAAUGGCGGUAAAUUCAAGUUUGAAAUAUUUCUAAUGUAACAUGUAAGAAUAUUGAGCAUAUUGUUUAUGUGAGAUGGGUAGUCCCAAAGAAGAAGUUAUUGCUUCUGAAAGCAAUUGUGAAGUAAAGAGUGCAGAAAACGAAGCAGUUGGUGAAUUAUCGGACAGUGAAGUGGCUAGCGCUACGGAUUCUUCCGUAAAUAUUUCUGCGAAUCAGUCAGUCUGUGAAUCAAACACUUCGAAAGAUGGAGAUAUUGCUGCUGGUGCCGGUAAAAAGGGCAAGAAAAAGUCUCGUCAUGGAAAAAAGGGCUACUUGCCUUCUAAAGAUAACUCCGACCGAAGCACGGUGCGCAGAGUGCACUACGCGGGAACAAAGUUCAAGCAAGGCAGGAAAAGAGCACAAAGUUUCCCUUCCAUAUCAAAAUUCUUUCUUCCAUACAAAAGACCUCGUAAGGAGGCAUUCAUUCCACCCACAAAGUUUCUUCUAGGAGGUAAUAUAUCAGAUCCAUUGAAUCUUAAUAGUUUGCAAGAUGAAGACAUCAACAGGGCAAUGAACGCAGUUACUCCAGAAUCUUCUCCUCUGCCCACACCGCCUCGACAUAAGGCUAAAAUAGAUGUCAUUAUUCCGCCUAAUAUUAGAGAUCCUUUGAAUCUUUUGGAACCAUUGGACAAUGAAGAGUAUGAGAAACGUCUUGAAAUGCAACAGCGCAAGCCACGCAAGAAGCCCCGUUUGCGGCGAAGGACUACUGAAUGCUCAGAUAAUGCUCAAGUAGUAGAAAAGGUUGUGGAAGAGAAAGCAGAUGGUAUCAAGGAGCCUCUUCCACCUGAACCAUCUACAUCAGUAUCAAAAUCUAUAGCAACCGCUGCUUCUAAAGCAAGAAAGAGGUCUUGCAGUGAGAGUGAAAAUUCUCAGAAGAGCAAGGAUGCCAAGAAGCUGCGCCGCAUGGAUUCUUUGGACAAAAUAGUCAGUCCUGUGGUACCACAGCCGGGAACAUGGAAGCGAGUCAGGCCGCACCAGCGGCCAGUGCCACCCGACCGCCCCAUCUCGCCGCACAAACAGAGUAAAGCUGAAGGAGAACAUAAGCUGCCUACAUUUCACCCAAAAAAUACAAAAUAUCAGUAUGGAAACUAUGACAGAUACUAUGGCUACCGUAACCUGAACGCGAUGAUGGAUGUCCGCCUGCAAGUGUUCGAGAUGCACCGCCACUUAUUUCAGAACAAGGAUGUGCUGGACAUCGGCUGCAACGUUGGACAUGUGUCUAUCGCCGUCGCGCGCACGCUGGGCGCCCGCUCCGUCGUCGGGAUCGACAUUGAUCCAGUGCUUAUUGGCCGAGCGAGAAAAAAUCUAAAAUCAUUCGUACCCGUUCCCGCGGAACCAAAGACGGAAGACGAUAAGAAAGCGGAAAUGGACGACGAUAAAAAGGACUGCGACAAAUGUGCCGAAGAGAAAUGCACGGAUUGUAGCACGACAGCUCCGAAACCGGCUGGAGAAGAGAAAAGUGGAGAAGAUAAGAAGGAAGGCAAGAAGGAAAUGAGAAAAGUGAAGAAGCCGCGUAAGAACCGGAAGGCGGGGAAGCAGGAGCAGAGGUGCUACUUCCCAAUGUCUAUGUCGAUGCUGUAUGGGCCGCUGUGUAGCACCUUGGAACCGACGCCGCCGGUCUUUCCGCAUAACGUUACCUUUAAACAGGGCAACUACGUCCCGCGCGAAGAGACGCCGCUAGGCUCGGAGAGCGCGCAGUUCGACCUGAUCCUGUGCCUGUCCACCACCAAGUGGCUGCACCUGAACUGGGGCGACGCGGGGCUGAAGCGCGCCUUCCGCCGCAUGUUCGCCGACCUGCGCCCCGGCGGGAAGCUCGUGCUCGAGGCGCAGAACUGGCCCAGCUAUAAGCGAAAGAAGCGCUUGACGCAAACCAUCUACGAGAACUUCAACGCGAUCGAGAUGACGCCGCAGAAGUUCCGCGAGUACCUGCUGUCGCCCGAGGUCGGCUUCAGCAAGUGCGCCGUGCUCGGCGUGCCGCAGCACGCCAGCAAGGGCUUCCGCCGCCCCAUACAGCUCUACAUCAAGGGCGACUUCACGCCCAGCAAGGCGCGCUGGUCGGACGCGUACGCGCCGUCGUCGGCGCACCGGCCGGAGCCGGGCCCGGCGCGGCGCACGGUGUACGCGCCGGUGGCGGCCGCGCCCGCCUCGCGGCCCAGCGACGACGCGCCGUCCGUGGGCGCCGCCACGCCCUUCUCGCCCAACCUGGACUGCUCGGCCGACGACUCGCCCUUCUACAACCCGCGCAGCGACUCGUACGCGCCGUCCUACCAGCCGCCGCGGCCCACGGUGUACGCCACGCUGCCCUCGCCGCUGCCCAGCGCGUCGCCCGCCGCCGAGCGCGCCGCCGAGCCGCCCGACCCCGCCUGCGCGCGCGGCUUCCCGGAGCCCGAGCCCGCGCCCGCCCCGCUCCGGGACGACUGAACGGCGACAAGCCGUGUCGCUUAACCCUCCGAUACUACUCGGUAGUGCGGCCGGGAAAUAUUUACUAUGGAAGAUAGCGCAAAUUUACCGGUUUACCGGUAAUUUCUUUACAAUUUUUUAUAUGCGUUCCCCGCUCCGGGGUCGAUAUCGGUCCGCCAAAAAACGACCUUGAACUUUUAAACUUAAACUGGAAUUCUGAGGUUAUCGGUGAUUCGAAGUCGAGUCGGUACUAUUCGAGGGUUUAAAAGUGUCUCCACAUUUAUCGCCGAGAAGUUACAUGAAAUCGGUCAUUAUCCGUUCCUUCCGCUUAGGCCGACGCGGCCGCCGGACCGGCCCUUCGUAAUUUAACACGUAAAGCCAUAAGUUUACUGACGUCCUCCCAGCUCUUUCUCAAUAGGUGGUUUAGUCGCGCUGUAUCAGUCAAACCGCCUAUAACGAAAGUAUGUACUCUUGCUCGACCCCGCGCCUAAAUCGCCUAAUGCGAAAGCGCUGUAUGCUCCCUUUACCGUUUGCUGUUUGUAUUAUUUCCCUAGCUAAAAAUGAUAGCACAAUAAUGCAUUGGAAUUAAAUAAUAAUCCUCCUCCAGUUAAAAUAAACAAUCUAAAAAUGAGAAAUACCCAUACAAACCUCAAACAAACUUAUAGAAACUCUUGUAGCUUGCAUCGAAAGGCUUUUUGGCUCGAGGCGGUUUAAUCGAGAUAGUGACGAUUAUAACGUGGAAAUCUCGUUGUUGCAGUAUUGACUAUUUAUAUUACCAAAAAUAGUUGAAUCGUGAGAAAAUUGACGCAAAAACCAUGCGGUCGCUAAUAAUUUAUUGAUUCGUCUAUUUUAAUUAAAUAAUUUUACGUAGAUAUAAUCGAUGUUGCAAUGCGAAAUUUCCUCGAGGCCCCUUUAACUUGUCAAAUCAUAAUAAUAAUGCACACAUUAGUAAUAUAUCCUGUAUUAAUUUCCGUUAAGCAUGUCUGACCCUUUUCCUUCUGGAUGUCUAAAUAGGCGGGCCACACAGAGGGAGCAGCCUCGCGAGAAAAUUUUCUCUCGAAGCAAACGCCCGCCCUCACAGGGCAGCGUACUCGUGUAAUUUUUUUGUGAGAACGUUUGCCUCGCCCCAGCCAAUUCGCUCGGCACGAUGGCGUCCUUCUGCCAGCUGCUUGAAAUUGUGCCGUACAUAUUAACUGCCGUGGCUCGUGCAUCUUUUAUUUUGCUUUCCAAAGCGAUCGAAAAGAAAAAUUUAAAACGACCAAGACGUUGUUGAUUGGGUGCGAUAAAUCUAUAAAUAUCUUUCACAAUACGGAAAUCGCCUCUACUGUCUUCUUUAAGACAUAUAAAAAAAAGGAGUAAGUUGAAAUAUUGUGUUCCUAAUUACACGUAAAACUUAAAACAAGACGCAAAUGCCACAAAUUGGAGAGAUGUAUCACUUUCAGGGCGACGGCGUUCGGGCUCGGCCCAAGAAAACACGCUCACUGCCGGCGGAGGCACGGUUACCCUGGCUGUUUGCCGCGCGAGGAGAAAUCCUCGCGAGGCCGCUGGCUCCUUGAGAAUCCGCCUAAUGACUGUAUAGAUAGGUAUUACUCUAUGGCUAAUGUUAGUGUCGCGCUGACCGUCGGUGCGGAACGAUCCGCACCGACUAUUUGUGUGUAGUUCACGACACGUCAGCUUUUCUCUAGAACGCUCCUUUAAAACAUAUUGACCGAUGGUCAACGUGACACUAAAACCAGCCUAUACCAGGGAUCACCAAUUAGUUUCGUCAGGGGUCCGGUUCUUAAUAUAAUAUGACCAUCGCGGUCCGCUUCUACUUGAGUUUAUUAAUUAAGCAAAAUAUCAGCGGUCAGGAUCCGGACCACGGUCCGCCAUUUGGUGAUCCCUGCUCUACACCAUUAAAGUACAGUUGUAUUGAUCAGUGACCGUCUCAGUGUAUAUUCGACCAGCGUUAGUGACCGUCUUCUAUCACAAAUGAUAGGACUUUUGAGCAAUGAAAUUGUCGUCCUAAAUUCACUAGUUGGCGGUUUGACCGCUUACUUCCUGAGAUCUAUUUGGGCGACUAACGAGAUGGAGUUUGUUAAAGAUAUAUGUAGUAUAUAAUUAUUAAUAUACAUUGUGAUAACGAUCGUUACUCGCUCAAUAGGCUGAUCGGUUUAUCAUUUUUGUGAUGUAAAUAUCGCUGUAGAUUCCCUAGGAUUAUGUUUCAGUUGAUAAAAGUAUUUUAUAUUAUACUCGUAACGUUUUAA